UCGAAACGGUUGCUCUCGAAACACAAACGGUAGUUGUAAACGUGGCGAAAAUCCAAGAAAAAGUACCUGUACAUAUAGAAAAUAUUGAAUUUUUGCUCAUUGCCAAGUGAAAUUUUCAAUAGUUUCCAGUGAAUUUCAUUGAAAGUGCGAAUUUUUGCAACAUUUUGUGUUUGCUUGUUUGAUUUGGCAAGGCUUGAUUUGCUGCUUUUUUGCUAGAAAAAUUUUCUGUUCCACACAAGCACCACCAAUCGCUAAGAAAAGGACAAAAUCCAACCAACCUUAAGCGUAGGGAGUUGGUAGCAAAAAAUCGAAGCGAAAAAUCGAAACCGCGUACCCAGGCCAGCAAAAAAUACCAAAAAACAUAACAGAAAAAAAAACAAAGUAAAAAAGUAUAAAAGCUUAAUAAUUUGCUUGGCCAUCUGCAAGUCAAGGAUACUGCGCUGCUAGGAUAUUUUCUGAAAAGCUGCAGCUGCUUCAAAUUUAAUUUAUUCUUCUCACCCAGCGGUUGAAGCGAAAAAAAAACCCAAAUGCCCGAAGCUCUGACAUUACUCGGCAUGGCUGAUGCGGAGCCAGAUUUGUCAACGUUCGAGAAUAAGACCGGCUUGGCCGAGGAUAUGAAGUUUCUGGCAUCAAUGCCAGAGUUAUGCGAUGUGACGUUUUUAGUUGGAGAUACGCGCGAGCCGGUGUGUGCAGUGAAGGCCGUUUUGGCAUCACGUUCGCGCGUCUUCGCCAAAAUGCUCUACUCGGCGCCAUCGCCGCAACGCAAACGUGAAACAUCCACAAAAGAGAAUAAAUUGCGGCUCUUCCUCAAACGCUCAUCGGAGCCACUGUUGAAUCUACAAAAUGCGGCACAACAGAGGAGUGGUUUUACCCAACAAUUAGCUCCGAUACCCGAGCCGUCUGGACAACAACAUCAGACACUGAUUAUUGAGGAAUUCGAACCGGAUGUUUUCAGACAACUGAUAGAGUACAUUCACACCGGUUGUGUGACACUACAACCUAGGACACUUUUGGGUGUCAUGAACGCAGCUGAUUACUAUGGUUUGGAGGAGUUGCGACGCGCUUGUGCAGGUUUUGUGCAAUGUUGCAUCAAUGUGGACACUGUCUGUGCUCUGCUCGCCUCUGCUGAACGUUACAUCCAGUACAAGUGCACGAAGAGUUUGGUUCAAAAAGUUUUGGAGUUUGUAGACGAGCAUGGCAAUGAGGUUCUCAACCUGGGCAGCUUUACAUUGUUGCCGCAGCAUGUUGUGCGGCUAAUUUUAGCACGCGAAGAGUUGCGUGCUGAUGAGUUCACCAAGUUUCAGGCAGCGCUUAUGUGGAGCAAGAAGUAUUUUGAUAAUAAUCAGAACAUUGAUAUGAAAGAAAUAUUGGGUAAUUUUCUGGAUUACAUUCAGUUUCACAAGAUUCCAGCGAGUGUGUUGAUGCGUGAGAUCCAUCCGCUGGGUUUGGUGCCAUACUCGAUCAUCAUGAACGCCUUGGCCUAUCAGGCAGACCCAGAAAGCAUCGACCCCGGAAAGCUGUCUCCCAACUCUAGUCGAUUGAACGGUCCCUCCUCCUCCACCCACCAUUCAUCUUUACAUGGCCGCCAUAAGCACCAAUCAUUACCAAAAAUUCGCAAAGCCAAAUCUCAGAGUUUCCGCACCCGACGCAGUCCAUCUGAACGACGUAGCCCGAAUGCCGCACCAAUAUUUGGUCAACCGGCCAACCUAACCCUGAACACCGCCCAAUUGGCGACCACUGAUAAGAAACUUAGCCCACUUACACCAAAGAGUCCCUUACUACCACAACCUGAAUCCAAGAGUCCUGGCAGUGCUUCGCAAAAAACCCCGACAACUUUAUCUCGUCAGGGCACGCUUCGUGCGUCGAACCGGCGUAAGAACAGCAUGACGGGUUCCUUAGUAUUGGCACAAGGGCGCCGCAGUCCAGUGGGUUUCAGUGAUCGCAGCCCACAAGGGCGUCGCAGUCCGUUGUUAAUGUCCAGCGAUCGCCUCAAAUCACCAAAUGAAUUGCCAGUGCAACCCAUGUUUGGUAUGGCACUACAUAGUCCGACAGCUCGUAGUCCUACUGGCGGUGCACGUAGUCCAACGUUCAGCACGCACACACAGGAACGACGUUCGCCCAUCGGAGCCGCAGCACCCACAGAGUUUGGUCAACCACGUCGUAGCCCCACUUCAACAGUUCACGUGCAGGGCGCACAUUACGAUGAGGGAGAAAUGGAUGAAAGUGGUGGAAUGGGGUCAAGUGGUAGUAUAAAGCGCCCAUCAAUAAAUCUUUUCACACCCAUCUACUUUAGCGGGGACAAGCGCAGUCCAAUCACUGUUAUGCCCAUACCACCGAUAACAGUGUCAAACCCGACGGAGAGUGGUAGACUUGCUGAAAAGAUAGCUGAGUCUAAUGCAGCAGCAGAGGCAGCACGCGAGCUGGAGCGACAACGCGAAGAACAUGAAAAGCAGGAUGCUGCCAAAGAAGCGACACCAGAAAAGAAAGAGCGCACUAGCGUCAUGAAGGAGAUACUCGCUUUCGUGCGAAAACCAUCAAAACACAUUUCUACACGUACGAAUCGUUUUGCGAAUGCUUUCACACGUGCCGAGUCGGGCUCUUCAUCAGGACCGCUCAUUAGGCAGAGCACCUUUUCGGCCAGUCCGGCUGCUUCGUCGACGGCGGCCAAGAGUGCGGUGGUGAAGCAAAUGUCCGAAGUUGCAUUCGAACCGAAGAUGUCACUGAAAUUCGCACACUACGCAAAAAUGUCAUUGAAACUACGUCGAUCUGCCAACGACGAUAAGGCGAAGCAAGCAGCUUCUGCCAGCACUUCGAAGCGUGCAAGCGCCGACUCCAAUAUCAGCGGAGGCGGUUUGGAUCCACACGAUGCACAGGUAGGUCGCGCCAGUGGCAGUCUCGGCGGUGGUGCCGGCUCCGGACGUGCAUCACCGCUCGGCGAACUGCCAUUCGAGUUGGCGAAUGUGCACUUCGAAAAGGUUGGUGAGUCGUAUAUUAAGCACGAGAAGAUACACGAAGAGGAGUUCGUGGAUGAGGCCGGCACCACAACCGACACUAUCGUCACCAGCUUCGUAGAGGAGAUCACAAAUUCGCUUAAAGUAGUCUCGUUGUCAAAUGAGAACGCACAAAUAGCACAUCACUUUCAGCGUCGCUCGGAAAGUCGUGAGCCCAUUGAGCCGCGCAUAAGCGAAGAACGGGAAUCCGAUUCGAAUGAUCUUGUCAUUCCGGAGGAUUUCCGUACUGAACUUACCGAAAUUUUGAAAGCCUAUUCACCAGAACCAAUAUACGUGAAUUUGCAAGUGUUGCGCCGUGAAACCGAAGAAGCUGAGGCUGCUGCAGCACAAGCGCUCGCUAAAGCAGCAGAAGCAAGUAUAACUGCUGAAAAGUCACCAUUGCAAUGUCCGAUUAUUGAAUUCGAGCCGCCUUCACGGCGUUCUUCUUUCGAUCCACCACGUUCACCCUUUUUAGAGAACUUGCGUAGUCCUGGUGCUGACACCGACAAUGAUUUGAUAAAUUUACAGCGCCUCGAUUCUGGCGGUGACAGCUUUGAAAUGGUUGAGGGCGACCGUAAAUCCAGUCGCGCUGAAUCAAGUUUCGAGUAUCCCUAUUCUUCACGUGACACAAGUUUCGAUAUUUCACGUUAUCAAUCGACAAGUUACGAAGAUCAAACUUCGAGCUUUGAAAUCGUUGACAUGGAUGAUAAAAAGAAGUCCAAUGUCGACUUGCGUAAGUCUUCUAUCGAACUUGUCGAUGCGGAGACAUUUCAACGCACUGGCUACUCUUGCGGACGCAAAUCCUCGCUAGAAACACACUUUGACUACACGCCCUCCGAUGCGAGUGGCAUGACACCCGCGCGCUCACCUAACUUCCCAAUGAAUAAGAAACAAAAACCCGAGACCCUACGCGCUCUGCGCAUCUCACCCUUUAGUGCCUUCUCGCGUGCACGUAGCCCACUCUCCAAUCAAACCUCAUCGAACUACAGUUCGCGUGACAGUUACGACUCCAGUUCUUCCUACCCGCACUCCGCGCCCAUUCACCACGAACCGCAGCGCAGUCCCUUCGCCGAUCCGACGAAGAAACAUUUUCCGCUCACUAUCAAGCAACGCGAGGAAGAAGUGAAAACCUUUCUAUGCACUGAUCAGCGUUGCGCGUCGAUUUUUGAGCCACGUCCCAGUUCGGUGUUGACGCAACAGCUCUCAACCGGUUCGAUGUCCACACCGUCGGGUUAUGGCAAUGGUACACCCUGCGCGAUCGUGGGUGGCGCGGUGGGCGGUUUUUCAAGCGGUAGUGAAUUUGAACCGCCUUCACCGCGUCGUGCGGCCAGCGCUUCACCUAAACAUACUUUUACUUUUCGCAUCGUACUGAAGAAAGUCGAUAGCUCGCCGGAGGCUUUGUGUCCCGAACGACAUCGUAGUCGCAUAUUUGAUCGAUAUCGACGGAGGGAUAGUAGACGCAAGAGAAUACAUGACGCAGGAAAAAGCUUUUAAGGGGCGUUCGUUGAUGGGAAAAUAUUGUAGUAGGAAUACUCGUAGUAAUUUAGAAGAGGAAGUAUAUCAGAUAAAAGGAGAAUAGAAUAAGCAACUUAGGAAAAAUAAUUGAUUGUAAGAAAAUAUUUUCGAAAAUUUCUUCAAGACAUGUAAUCCCAAGCUAGAUAAUCAAACUACUAUAAAGACCUUCCCUUUGUACCAAGCAAAAUCAGCACUUUGAAAUUUUCCUUAGAAUAUCUUUAUCGAUUAAACCUCUCUGCCAAAAGUGGCCGACGAAGUAGUAUAGUUGUAUGAGGCUUCAUAGAAGGAUGUGGGUCAUUCGUCACACAAAAGAAUAGCUACAAAGAGGAGACAAAGGGUUGAGUGCCAAAAAAAACGUAUAUUGCAAGGAUGAUAGAUACCAGGCUUGCUACAUUUAACUCUUGCCAUUGACAUUGUAAGACAGUGGAUGCUCAAAAUCCUUAAGUAGUUUGUUCUUGAGCUAAGUUACCAAAUUCUUCACUUUUUGGACGGUUCUUAAUAUGUAAUUUUACAAAACAAAAAAAAAAAAGAAGUCCUUUAAUAUUUCACAUCUGUGAAGUAUUCCGGUAAUAAGCGCUAAACGUUUCAUUUUUGAUUCAAUUAAAAUUGUUCAUAUAAGUACGGAAAACUGCUAAUUGUUAAUUUUUUUUUUUUAUAAAAAAGCUUCUGACUUUCGUUUGUUUCCGCUCGCAGGCGGGGAAGAUUAGAGAUAUACAAAUGCUUCGCAGCCAAAUCAGCAUUCUUCUUUAACCACUUCAUUAAGAUACGGCAAAUAUGUUUGACUGCAUUUGUGUAUGGAAGCGAAACGAAAUUUUCAACAACAGCUUCAUCUUCCUCGUCAUGCAUGCACUUCUUUGAACAUUACGAGGAUUGCCUUUUAUAUUUUGCGCCCAAUAAUGAAAACACAGUGAAAUGAUAAUAAAAAUGGCUUUAUUGGUUUUCAAAAUAUUAUACUUGGAAAUCAAUACACUUCUGCAUUCGCUAGAACUAUGUAAUUUUCAAAGCCCUUUUGCAAGUCAACUGAAUGCCUUCAAAACGUUUAAAGGCUUCAACUGUUUCUUUAGACAUUGAGAAAGAAAUCACUAGGUGCCAAAUGAGGGCUGUAAGGCGGAUGACCCAUUAAUUCGGUUUUUGGGAUGUUCAAAUACUCUCUUGUGUGAGCCGAUACGUCAGAGCUCGCAUUAUCUUGCUGAAGGAUGACUCGUAUAUGGCGGUUGGUUUUCAUAAAUUCUUCGAAAAUUUCUAGCAAACAAAUGUUUUUGUACCACUCUGAAUGGACUGUUUUAAGUUUCUCUAGUGGUACAGUUGCACCAUGACCAAAUUUUCCGAAAAAACAGGCGCGCAUUUGCUUUGAGCUGCUUCUUCCGCGAGAAAAUAUGUUGUAUUAAGCUCGUCUUGAAACAAGCUAACUUCCGCUUGCUGUUCGGUUUGUUUUUCUUGCUCAUACGCAUAAGUCCAAGAUUCCUGCAUCAUUUCCACGUUUCUUUAAACCAAUCGAUACGAGUCCCUUAUUGUGGAAUUGUCAAAUUAUGCGGUAUACAACGAGAUCAAAUCUUCUUGGUGACCAAUGCAAUAUUGAAUGUUCAUGCGGGACGCCUUUAUCUCGCGAUAUGUGACAUGACGGCCUCGCGUUGUCGAUCGACACACAGCAUAGGCUCUUUCUGGCCCAGGACUCCCUUUUGAAUGAUCUUCACGAAAUUCGUACUGCAAGGAUUGACGUCCACGUUAGAACUCCAGCAUACCAGCGUUUCAUAGCAUUGGUUAAGUGUGGUGCUUCAGCGCCACAAGUCGUAGUAAGUUGCUUAAUGCACUCCUGCCUCGAUAAUCCUCGUCGAAAAUCGUAAUAAAUCAUAGCACGAAAUGUUUUACGAGUUUAUUCCAUCUUUGGGGCGAGAUGAAUUUUUCCACUCACUGAAACCAGAACAAAUAAAGCUCAUAAGUGAAAACUUUAUAUGUAAGUUUAUGUUAGAAAAUACCAAACUUAUCGGAAAUAAACUCGAAUUACAACUCAUGACACGUAGUGUUGCAAAAGCGCAAGAUAUAAAAGGAGCCCUCGUAUCUAUUGCUGCUACGAUUGUAAACAAAGUGGAAAUACAAAUUUAAAAAAGUUAUAGAAAACUUAAGCUAAAUCUUAAGAUUUUAGGAGGCGGAGGAGACAUGCAAGGAAAAAAUGUCUAGCGUUGUCUGGACAAUUUAGACUUCCCCUCUUACGAAAACUGAGCAUUCACUGUAAUCAUUUAAACUCACGCAAAGUUUUAAAUAUUAGUUUUUCGAAGUCAACUUUCAUGUUCUUUCUUUAUUUGAAAAAAAAAAUUACAUUUUUUGGCAAUACAGUACAACAAAAUUAAAAAAAAUCUUAAUCCCUGGCGUCUCAUAGUAUUUUUCUGGUAAUAAUUAUAAUAAUUUUCGCUUACAGCCUAUGUUGGUUGUGCGGCCGAGCUCUUCCUUCUAUUUGUGGCGUUGGUACUUGCAGUUUUAUGCCACCUCCGAACGACAGUUUUUUUUAUGAGAAGAUUUUUCGUGACAGAAAUACACUCGAAGGUUUGCCAUUGCCUGCCGAGGGGCGGCCGCUGUAAGAAAAAAACUUUUUCUUUCACUUGUUGUUUCAUGCUCGGAAUUUCGAAACCGGGCACUACCGACUAGUAGUCACGCACUUACCCAUUUGUCACUGCAGCCGCAUAAAAAGGCGAGAAUAAAAAGGCGCAUAUUUUAUCAAAUAUUUGUAUGUGUAAUUUUUUUUCCAUUUUAUGCCAACUGAAAGCGCGCAGUUCUUAUUUUAUACGAAAUUCACAGAUUUUAUGACAAAAGUCAUGCCUGAAAUCAUCCAGAACUAUUCAAAGAGUUACAUAAAAGUGUAUAAAUCUUAAUUUGAAAUAUUUCUCAGGUUUUAUGCUCUAAUUUGAGCUAUAGAACUUGGGAAUCCACCUAAUAGCUUUUGUUUUAUAAGUAAAAAUGUGAAAAUUUUUACAUGAGACUCCAGGUAUCAAUUUUUGAAGUGAAAUUACUUAGGCGUCGAUGGACGAGCGAGAAUGGAGAGUAAAAUUUUAAGGCCAUGCAACGUUUUGGGCAUUUUCGUUCCGCGAGAGGGAAAAAGAUAUGACGUAGAGGAAAAGGAGAGAGAGAGAGAGAGCUAUACCUUAUAUAUAUCUUAGAUACACUUUAGGCUACUUUUUCCCGAUUUUUUCCUUGUGGAUGCGAAUAUCUAGUGAGAAAUAACACUGCCUCCUUUUUGGCGUUUGUUUUUUGGUGCAAACUUGUAGGAAAUAUAUAUUUGGUGCCUACUUUUUGGCGUUAUAUUUCCUUGGUGCCUACUGGGCGUUGGGCGUUUUUUGGUCCCAAUUUUUUUGGCGUUUUUUUUGUGCCUACUUUUUGACGCUUAUUUCCGUUUCCUGGCUAGUGCUUGUGCGUACUUUAAAGUGCUAUCCAUUCCGGCUCGGAUUUAUUGGUAUUGCUUUGCGGUAAUUUGUGCCGUUGCUGCGGUCAAGGAAUCGCUGCGCUUGUGCGGGCGAUAAACGCUCGGAGUAGUGCGCUUUACCUACACUAGUCGACCCUUCUCCGUUUUUUGUAAAUUUUGUCUAUUUGUAUUCACUGCAAAUGAUGUGAACUUAUUUAGAUAUAUAUUCUUUCUCUCUCUCUCUCUCAUUAUAUCUGGGGUCUGUCCCCCUUUUUUGUCUGCCUUGAAAGUUUCACUUCUGUUAUGUGUACUAAGCGCAUUUUUUCUUUUUUUAAUUUUGCUGCACUGUGUAAUAAUUACGUUAGGAAUACGAAAAUGGUUGACAAGUUGCCAGAGGUUUUAAUUUUUGGUGUCUAAGAUAUGGUUGAAGUUGCAGAAAAGACCAGUCAGGGAGGCAGUAUUUCGUUGCAUUCCUCUUUGGCGAGGGGGAAUAUGAAGAGCUGAGGAUAGUAAUUAUUUUGAUUACUUCGGCUUUAAACAGAUUGAAAAAUGUACCGGAAUAAAUAAGUCACACAUUUAUGUAAGUGAGUGUAAAUACUUUUUUAACACAGUUUGACUUUACGAUUCUCAUUUCAAACUCUACAAAAAAUAAACAGCUUUCAAUCGAGAACUGCACAUUUUUUAUUUAAAAAAUAAAUACGAAAUAAUUAAAUAUACAAUUGUUGAGGAAAAUCAAUAAAUAAUGAAUUUUAUAAAAAUUUAUAAAUAAAUAAAUUUUUAUUUAAUAAAAAAUCCAACUGAAAUCGACCCACUGUUUCAACCUAGUCUUAUGAAAAAAAUUGCUAUGUAAGUAAUGAUGAACAAUAAUCUUCACAAAAACGAAUUCUCUAAAGUCUAACGGUACAACACUUGCAAUGCAACAUAAACCUUAAAUAAAUAUAAAAAAAAAAUAAAUAAAUAUAAAAAAAAAUAAAUAUAAAAAACACUAAUAAAUAUAAAUAAAAAAUAUUGUCAAACCUCUGUAAGAUUAAUUAAAACCUGCAUUUUUUCACCAUAUAUUUAAAAUAUACGGCCAGGCGCUGUAAUUCACUGCCAAGUGAAUUCGAUUGAAACUUUCUGGUAACUACAUCGAAAUCCACUCGCAAGUGCAUUACAGUACCUGCCCGUUUAAUCCAAAUUAAAUAAGCAAAACCACACAAAAAAUAAAUCUAGCGCAAGUUUUUUUUUGCCACUUCAGUAAAAAUGAGAUUAAUAAAAUAUUUACAAAUACAAAUAAACAAUACCAAAAUGUUUGCCACCUAAAAAAUAUGCAUAUUUACAACCAUUUAAAUAAAUAUAUUUCACUAGCGCAUUCGUGUUCAAGAACAUAUACAUACACACAUACGGAUAUGUAUAUUCUUGCAACAGACAAAAAUCACAAUAAUAAUAAUAAGAAGAAGAAUAAAACUUUGGACAAUCUAAAUGUUUCGUGUAGAUGAAGUGAGAUCAAAUAAAAUAUUUACAUGCUAUAUACUUUUCCAAAUAUGCAAUAAAUUUCAAAAUAUUUACAUGGAGUUUACCGGUGUAUACAUGAAAUGGUUCUGGUUCUUAGGCUGUUUCGAAAUGUUUCAAAAAUAAAAAAUACUACAAUAAUAAACAAAUUUAUAUAAAAUAGAAAAUAUUCACUAUGCACACCCAGAUACACACACACGAUUUGUCACAUUUAAAGCAACACCCACACAAAACCGACUUCAAUAACUGGAGCGUGAAAUAUUUACAAAUUGGCUGUUUAGCGGUAAUGGAAACUAAGAUAUAUUUGAAAAAGGCACUUAAAAAAAUGUCUAAUCGUAAAUCAAAAAAAAAAAAAAAAAAAAAAACAGGAAAUAA